GUUUCUUAUAGAACCGGUGUUAUUCGGGGUAGGACAUAACAAACAAUCAUUGUGUAAUCUUAAAAUAUUAUCAAAUCAUGUUAGGUUCAUUCCGUGUUGCAUAAUUACAUGUCAGGUUCAGAGUACAAUAACAACACAAGUACGUCUUUGCUCACGUUAAGUCGACGAGAACUACUAGUAUACUUCUAGCUGCCAACAACACACGCGUGUAAAAUACUUGGCACGUGCAAAGUGGUUCAUCAUCCACAUCCAAUUUUAGAGAGAGGCUUUCAACAUGGGUUGGAGAGGAAUAUUGGGUUUCGAAUAUGGCAUAGUUCAGGCACCAUUAGGUCCUGAUAUCUCUGGUCCUCAACUUGUUGCUGCUGUUGCCAAUGCUGGUGCUCUUGGCCUACUCAGAGCUCCUGAUUGGGAAUCCCCGGAUUACUUGAGGGAGCUCAUAAAAAAAACCAGGACAUUAACUGAUAAACCCUUUGGGGUUGGUUUGGUUCUAGCUUUUCCUCAUGAGGAGAAUUUAAAGGCUAUUCUUGAUGAAAAAGUUGCAGUCUUGCAAACUUAUUGGGGUGAUUGUACACCUGAAUUGGUUGCCAAGGCUCAUUCAGCUGGGGUCAAAAUUGUUCCACAAGUUGGGAGUAUUGAAAGCGCAAAACUGGCAAUUGAUGCAGGUGUCGAUGGAAUCAUCGUACAAGGACGUGAGGCUGGUGGUCAUGUUAUUGGUCAGGAUAGUUUAAUUUCAUUGGUACCAAGGGUGGUCGAUCUUGUUGGCGACCGUGAUAUACCUGUUAUCGCAGCUGGAGCAAUUGUAGACGCUCGUGGUUAUGUCGCUGCUCUAGCACUUGGUGCUCAAGGCGUCUGUCUAGGCACUAGGUUUCUCGCAACGGAGGAAAGCUACGCUCAUCCUAUAUACAAAAGAAAGUUAAUUGAACUCAAUGAAACUGAGUACACAGGCGUAUUUGGCAGGGCAAGAUGGCCCGACGCACCUCAUCGUGUCCUGCAGACACCCUUCUUCAAGGAGUGGAAAUCCCUUCCAGCCCAUGAAAAUGAAGCAAACCAAUCUGUCAUUGGCCAUUCAACAAUUCACGGCGUGGAGAAAGAUAUACGUCGCUUUGCCGGUACAGUCCCAAACUCGACAAGUACAGGAGAUCUCGAGAGUAUGUGUAUGUAUGCUGGUGAAGGUGUUGGUCUCAUCAAGGAAAUUCUGCAUGCUAGUGAAGUGAUAAAAAGACUAGUUGAAGGGGCUCAACUCAUAAUUCAGCAAAACUUCAAGUAGAUUGUUAAAUUUCAAAUGAAAUUAGCUCACAUUUCAAGUAGCUUGGUCAAAUCCUUAUAUGCAUUCAUCCAUAAGAAGAAAACAUAGAAAUGUGAAAAUAAGAUUGAAGACUAGUAAAAAUAGUACAAUAAGUUCAUGUAGCAUUCAUAAAUGGUCUGAAAUUGAAACAUGUAAACUACAAUCUAUUUUGAUAUAGAUUAUCUCACACAAUAAUCUUUGUCCAAAAUGCUGAAUCAAGUACAAAAACGACAAUUUACUCAAGAAGAAUGAAAGUACUUCUUCCAAAUUUUGAAAUCCUAACCAAUGGUUAGUUAAUACAAUAAGGUCAGUAACAUAUGUUAGGAUUAGCCGUGAGUAUUGUAUAGAGGUGUUAUAUUUAGCUCCAAGUUUUUUUUUUUAUUUUUAAUUUUAAAUUUUAGUAUCCGGCCUUGCGACCGACUAAUCUAAGAGGGACCAAUCCCACCGUAUAUUUAGCUCCAGGUUAACUCUUGCAAAAUUCGUGACAAAUGUAUAGAGACGUUAUAUUUGGCUUGGAUAUAAUUUUGCAAAAUUUUGGAGUUUGUAGUUCAUCUUACAGAGGUUAAUCAUCAGCCUCACCUUCAUCAUACCACCUUAGAGCUUGCAACACA